UCAAUCCAGGAAAAUGGUGUGGGGCCAAGCAAGAGGAAUCAUGGGAUUUUUCUGUCUCAUUGCUCUAAUGAGACAAAGUGAAGGAGAGAAUGACCAGGACUUCAAGAUGUGCGGAACAUGGCGUCACGGUGGCGGUGAACGGUGGCUGGCGUCCCACCUGUCCCAGGGCUGCAAAGGCCUGGACAUCAGUGCCAACGCCACCACCCUCUACAUCACCGGCUCCAUCGCAGCCACCCAGCGCAGUGAGUCCAUGAAGCCCAUCAACGUGACUGGUACCCCGGGCACCACCGACAGCCCCUUCUGUGUGUACUGGGAACCCCUGGUGGACCGGCUGCAGGUGGAGGUGGAUGGGAAGAACCACACUGUGCUCCAAGCGGCCGGGCUGCAGGAGAGCUGCUGUACGGACCUCUCUCUAGGGCACAAUAAGAGCUCCACGCACAUAUACGGCAUCGUCAACGGCACCAUACGGACGGACACCAUCAGCACUGAGACAAGAGUGGCGUACAAUUUCUUUGGAGAUGUGAUCAACUGCACACUGGAAUUUUGUGAAAAGGCCAUUGAGGAAGCCAGGAGAUCCUCACAAACAGCGCCACUGCCAUCAGUGCACUUCCCGGCCGCCUUGAAACCUGUAGGAAAGCCUAAAGCCAGAGUGGUGUGCACCUUCUUCCAAAACAACACCAUAUUCAAUGGUAAUCUGGUGGAGCAGAAAAUCUUCAGGAUCCUGGACGAUGUUGUCGGGAUCACAGUUGAAAACGAGAUCGUCAGACAGCUUCCUGAGCCAAUUAAAAUCCGCUUCCACCAUGCUGUUUUACCAAAAAAUCACUCAAGGACAUGUGUCUCGUGGGAUACAAGGAAAGAUCCUGAUGAUGUCACCUGGGAAAGGGAGGGAUGCCAAACUGAGCUGCUCCAUAAGAACACGACAGAGUGCCACUGCAACCAUCUCACCUACUUUUCCAUUCUAGUCCAAGUAGAACAGCGUGAGUCACAGUGCCACCUGGAGGCCCUGACGUACAUUACAGCACUAGGCUGUGCCAUAUCUGCACUCAGCUGCAUGGUUCUCUUCUACUCACUCUGCAAAAAGAGCAAUACUAACUCAGAAGACAACUAUGACAACAACUUGACAACGAUCUACCAAGGCCUGGUGAUCAGUCUCUUCUGCCUGAGCGUGCUCUUCUUCCUGACUGGCACGUUGGCUAACGCGGGCGGAGAGUCUGUGUGCCGGGUGGUGGGAGCACUGCUGCACUACGCGCUGCUCUCCUCGUUCUGCUGGAUGGGCGUGAUGAUCUUCUACACCUACGAGAAGAUCAUCAUAGUCUUCAAUUCAGUUUUUUCGUACAAACUGACCGUCUGGUACAUACUCGGCUUUGGUGUUCCUGCGAUCCCAGUUGGCAUUCUAGUGGCGAGAGAUGACAUCUAUGGCGUGAGAAUGAUUGCACCCAGUGAUGAUGUUGAAAAUCCCUACAUGAUGUGUUGGAUGAAGGACCACCCCAACGCGUGGUUGGCCCACUACAUGACCAACGUGGCCUUGCUGGUGCUGGUGGUCACCACGGGGCUGGUGAUGCUGGUAUUGUUGCUGGUCAACAUCGUGAAAUUGUACGACAGGAAGACGGCCUUCCUCAGCAUGUGGGGUUUCAGUUGCCUCUUCGGCACCACCUGGAUACUCGGCCUGUUCGAGUUCGGAUCCCUCUCUUGUGCCAUGACCUUUGUCUUCUGCCUCAUCAACACGUUACAAGGUUUCUUUCUAAUGCUGCGCCACUAUGUUCUGGAUUGGAUGCGGAAUAGGAGGGAAGAUAGAAGCACCUCGAGCUCGACACCACAAACGAACUACGAACUAGUCACGUCAGGCAGCAGGCAGUAG